AUGUCAGCAACUUUAGGCAAGUUUCACAAGCAGAUCUCGUCACCAGACAUGCAAGCUGUGGUCUCUGUGGCAGCAGAUAGCAAAUGUCUGCACCAUGUGCCUGAGAAAGGGAAGGCAGCAGGAUAUGCCUCGGACAACACACUCUGCUGUUUCUUCUUCUCCUCUCGGCCACCUCCUCUGGUCCAUAUCAGAGAAUACUUCUACACCAGCAGCAGAUGUAGCAUCCAGGGUGUGAUCUUCAUCACCCGUAAAAACCGGCAGCUCUGUGCCAACCCUAAGAAGAAAUGGGUACGCAGUUACAUCAACUCCUUGGAGAUGAGCUAG